AAACUUUCCAGCGAUGUAAGUGCUAUAGUACCUUUUCAAGAAAAAUUUCUAACUGUGGUUAAUGAAAUGAAGCUAAGUCGUGAACAAGUUUAUAAUGCUGAUGAAUCAGCGGCUUUUUGGAGAGCCUUGCCGGACACUACGUGGGUUCAUAGUCAGGAACAAUUAGCACCAGGGCGAAAAAUAUCUAAAGAUCGCGUAACAUUCAUGCCCUGUUGCAAUGCGGCUGGAACUCAUAAGUUACCCCUUUUAGUUCUUGGAAAAUCCGCAAAUCCAAGGGCAUUUAAGAAUGCUACUUUACCUGUCAAAUACAAGGCAACCAGCAAAGGUUGGAUGACCAGGACAUUGUUCUUCGAAUGGUUUAAGACUUGCUUUAUACCCGACGUCAAACGUUUUUUAUCGUUUGUUAACCGACCUCAUAAAGCAUUGUUACUUGUAGAUAAUGCUCCAUCUCAUCCACCUGAGACAGAAAUAAAUUUCGAUCCUGAUUUCAGAGUUAUGUUUUUGCCGCCCAACUGCACAGCAGUUUUACAGCCAAUGGAUCAAAACUUGAUCCAAAACAUAAAAGUAGCAUACAGAAAGAGACUACUAAAUCACAUUAUCGCUCACGAAGGUGACGAUUUAGUUACAGUUUUAAAGCAAUUUAAUUUAAAAGAUGCACUUGUUAAUCUAGAUAUUGCUUGGAAGUCCAUAUCUGAAAAAAAUAUCCAAAAAAGUUGGAUAGUAUUAUGGCCGAACCAAAGAAAUGAUGCAGAAGAAGAGGAAUCUGAUGAAGAAAACAUUCCACUUUCAGAACUUCAAAGACGACUUUGUCAAAUAAACGAGGAAGAUUUAAAAACCAUUACCGCUUCCUUGCUUGUGAUAGAUCCUGAGAACAAUUUGAAUCGGGAAGAAAUUGUUGAAAAAGCGACUGAAUUAGCAAACUCUAAGGCAGUUCAGAAAAAAAUUGAUAGUUUUUUCAAAACCAUUUAA